AUGGAACAUUUCCUUGUCUCUCUGUACUUUCCAGAUAACACAGAAAGCACACAUGGCACUGCUCAAGAGUUUUGGUGCUGUCACUGUGCCCAGAACCAACAGAGCCUGUUUCAGCAGCAGAACCCUGGUUUGGAGCAGCAGUCUGGGGCUCCUGGACAGUCUGGGGCCCCUGGAGAAUUUGGAGCCCAAACGCAUGUCCUAGGUUUGAAUAGAGAGCUGCUAGAAUGGACUCUCAGCAUGUGUGACCUGUCUGAACCUGCGGGGGCAGCAGAGCACUUUAUACAGAUGGAUGUGGUUCGAGCCAAAGGGGAGCUGGAGGAGCGGAGCCAGAGAGUCCAGUGUGUCAGCAGUCAGAUACCCCUGGAUGAUGCAGUUUUACAAAGGGCCCUGAGUGAGCUGCAGCAACAGCACCACCAGCUGGAGGUCCUGAGCCAACUGAAAGAGUCCUGCCUCAAACACAAGCACUGGAGGGCCAUUCUUAGAGGCAUUGGUCUGAGUCAUGUUAAAGAGCACAAUUUGACUGUAGAGCAACUGUUGUCCCAAAGACAAGAACAACACCAGUCUGUCCUUAAGAAGAUUUUCCGGGAUGCCAAGGCAGAGCACAACAUGGAGUGUGAUUUCCAAAAGCUCCAAAAGCAAUGGUCUGAAAAACUUCUCACGCUGUCACCUUUCCCAGUCUCCUCUGCAAAACCACAGGGGGAGGGAGGGUCCAGAGAGGAGCACACCUGGACAGUCAUGGAUAUUGAAGUCCACCUUGCACAGAUUCACUUUGAUUUGGCCAUUUUAUCCAACAUGUUUAAGUCCCUGUAUAGUGAGGACUUCAGAGCAGAGUUGAACCACUGGCUGCAGUUACUGCAUGAUCUUGAAAAUAUCCUUUAUCUUCUUAAACGGUUUCAGCAAAUGUGGACAUAUUUGACCAUACUGUUAAAAACUUCAUCUAUGAGCAUCUUACACACUGAAUUGCUGACGCUGUUCAAACCAGUGGAUUCAAAAUUUCUGAAAAUUAUGGCUCAUAUCUCCAGGGACCCUCAUGUUAUGAGUCUCGUUUCAAACCACCGCGCCCAGAGCCUCCCUGGUGAUGACCUUUUCAAGUCUCUCACUUCAGGACUGUCUACGAUGGACAUCAUUACCAACCAGGCCGUGCAGCUCUUGGAUUCCGUCCGCAGCCAGUGUUCCCGUCUGUGGUUCCUGAGUGACAGAGAACUCAUCUUGGUAUUGUCCACACCCCCUAGCCCGUCCUCCAUGCUCCCCAUUAUUUGCAAGCUUUUUAGAGGGGUACAGGAGCUUGAAUGUAGAGAUAUUGAUACUAGUUUCAAUAGCCAAGCCACACUGGGAGUUCUAAGUCAUCUCCAAGAACGCCUUACAUUUGUAUCUCCAGUAGAACCUUGUCUCAACCCUACGGAUUGGCUAUCUGACUUUGAAAAGAAGCUUCACUUGACCAUGGUAGAAUGUAUGAGAAAGUGUUCCAUUGUUAAGGAACAGCUUGGACCUCCUGAGGAAGUUAUGUCUGAUGACGGACGAUUGGUAGACACAAAGCUUUCUAAUGAUAUCGCUAAACAGAUUAAAAUCAUGCUAGGAUUGCUGGCAACACAUCCCAGUCAGUGCCUGGAGGUGGCGGAAGAGGCCAAGUGGUGCAGCGUUGUUGAGGACACUUUCCCAAAUCCUGUGAAAAUCAAAAAAAUUGAAUUCUACCUGAGAAGCAGAGUGGCAGAGCUUGGGCGUAUCAUACGGGAUAGAGAAAUGCUACAGAAAACUGGUGCCUGGCUUGUGCUAGACUCUGCAGAUUUGCUGUCUGAAAAAGUUUCUACAACUUUAGGGCAGUAUUUGGUUGAAAUUCAGGAGUCUUUCUCCAAAAUAACAAAUAAAAGCACAUUUACUUUCAAUCCUAAGUGUAAAGUCACUGUAGCUGGCAAACAAGUCCCUGCUUUUUACAACUAUGGCUGCAUUAUGGUUCCAUCUAAAGCACAAACACGUAACUUUCCAGAAGAGCUCCGAGCUGCUUCCAGACCAGUCGCCUUAAUUCAACCAGACUACAAGUUCAUCGCCGAAGUCAUGCUCACUUCCAUGGGUUUUGUAGAUGCCAAGUACCUGAGUCAACGUCUGGUCUCGUUCAUCACUUUUGCAAAGGACUGCUUGUGUCUGCCUGGCUGCAAAACCCCAAAUGAUAACUGUCUUUUCCUCAUCUUACAAAAUAUAAUUACCUCUUCCGAACCAUACUUAGAACAAUCCAGGAAGCAGAGAAACAUAAAAGAAGACAAUGGGGCAAUGCUCACAGUGCAGCGUUUCAUAGAGGAAGACGCUGUCUGCAAAUCAAUCCUUUUGGUCCUCCUUCCUUGGACUCACGAGCUGAACAAAGCCCGAGACUUCCAACAACUUCUCAGGGACACAUUCCCGGUAGUUUGCCAGUUUCCAUCGCUAGAACAUUACCUUGAAGAACACGAAAAGUCUGCAGUAAAAAAUGCAAUUUUAGAAGUAUUACAAACAAACUAUUUACAGCCUGAUGUGGAAAUACUUAACAAUGCAUUUACAGUUUACCAACAUCUGAAAACUGGGAAAGCUGUGAUACUUAGUGGUCCUAGUGGCAGUGGAAAGACCAGCUGCUACUCAGUUUUGGCUAGUGCUCUCAAUUUGAUGGCCAACAAAUCAGAAAAACAAGGGUUAACCUCGAGAUUUUUUGUGAAGCCUGUAGUUUUGUUUCCAAAUUCAAUGUCUUGCGAAGAACUGCUUGGCUUUGACUAUGACCACAGAGGCUGGCAGGAUGGUGCACUCACAACUUUGCUGAGAACCUGUGGAGAUGCAAAAGGUCUGGUGAACUGGCUUGUGCUGGAUGGAGAGGAACCAAGGAACCGAGCUGAGGAUUCAAGCUGGGUGGACAUCAUAGCCACACUGUGUCACUCUCCUGAUGCGUUCAUGUGCCUGGCCUCAGGGGAGUACCUCAUAUCUUCACAAGAACAUCUAAAGUUUCUCCUUGAAUUAAGUGAUCUAAGCACUGCCAGUCCUUCAGUCGUAACAGCAUACAGCCUGGUCAAUUUCAAAGGUGUUGAGCUAUGGAGGUCUGUUUGGAAGAGUGAAAUGGACAAGUUCUACCAAAAACAUGAUCUAAACAAUGUUGUGUCACAAAUGUGGAAGAAUUUGGCUGAAGAUCUAUUUCCUGCUACACUGCAAUUACUAUAUCAAACUUGUAUGUCACCUGCCAUCCAUACUGAAUCUUCUAGAAGGCCUCCAGAAGGACUUCAAGAAAUCACAUCCUUUUUCCGCAUCUUUAAAGCCCUUGUCCAACACUUUGAAGUAUGCCUAGAUGUCCACGAUCCUGGAGAUGCAGAAGAGACUGACAGCAGAGACAUUGCUCCACACGGAUCCUACUCAACCUUGACCAGUGGAGAAAAUUAUGUAACUAUGUUAGGAAAGAACUGUUUUUUGAUGGCCUACAUCUGGGGCUUUGGUGGACAUCUUCAUCCCAGUUUGUGGCCCCGUUUCCAGUGCGUUGUUCGUGAAGUUCUGGUAAAUAGCCGGUACCAGAUCCAAGUUCCUGAAGGAGAGUCUGUCUUUGAAUACUUUGUGACCUCAGACAGACGUGUGUGUCUACAAACCACCGUACUCACCAGUAAAAUCUCCCCCAAGUAUGGGGUUUAUACACACCUUCUGAACAUCAUGUUGGAGUCCAAGCAGCCGGUUCUUCUGAUGGGGGAACCCGGUUCUGGAAAGAGCACAAUGUGCAGGAGUUUGCUCAGUUUCAGGAGACCAUGUGUGGGUCUGAGUGGCAGUGCUGUCCUGGGCUCAUCGGACCUGAUCACUGUGUUUCAGAGCAUUAUGCCCACAACCAACCUGCUGCUGUUUGUGGACGAUCUACACCAAGCAACCACUGAUACAGCUGGUACAAUAUCUCCCACUUUAGAAGUUCUGCGGGAAAGCAUGUCAACAGGAGGUGUGGUCCUGUUUGAUGCCUCUGUCCUCCGGCCCGUGACCACCAGGGGCAUCUCGUACCUGUGCUCCAGCUGUGCGCCUCCCCACAGCCCCCCACUCUCCCCCCGCCUCACCCGCCUUUUCUCCACCUUCACACUGCCCGCCCUAUCUGUCAACGUCAUACUCUCUCUGCACUCCCCCAGCCUGCAGCUAUGGAUGCAGCCUCUUCUCCCAAACCCUUCAGAAGUGGCGUCUUGGAUUGUCUCUGCUACUUAUAAUCUGUAUUUAGAAUUGCAGGAGCAUUUCGGGCAAUACCUGUUCUCCAUUCACGAUUUGCAGAAAGUGUUCCAAGGAAUGACUCUUUGGCAAUGCAAUGGUCCCAAUAGAGCUACAGCUUUGACUGAAACAACUUCAGUCAUGCUAAACAUCGUAAAACUGUGGCUACAUGAGUGCAAGCACACAUUUAUGGAUAGAAUGUGUGAACAAUGUCAAAGUUCAAAUAUGGAGAAAAUUCUGGCUGAUAUCACCACCGCUCAUUUUGGGAGCAUGUUAGAAGAAGCACAAGUGUUGGAAUGUCCAGAAAACUUUCUCGGAAGAACUCGAACUGCGGGUGGUGUAAAAGGUCUAAUUUUGGAGUAUGUGAGACAUUCAGAUGUGGUAUACAGUCCUGAACUGCCUGCUUUUCUAAAGACAGAGACUAACAGGAUCAACUCAAGGCAACUUGCUUACAAAGAGUAUACGGUUGAUGUUCUUACUGAAUCCCUCCAAAAUUUCCUUGACAAAAAGACUUCCGACGAUCACAGUGACGUCCCCUAUGGCUUUCUCCGUGCAUAUGCAGUGCACCAGCAGAGAGGGCGGCAGCUGGCACACAUCUUCCGUGCCCUGCUCAUACCCGGAGCUCACGCAGUACUCAUUGCCUCGGACACAGGCACCGGGCGUCGAUCCACCGCCCGCUGUGCCGCCCUGCUCUCCGGGUCGGAUCUGCUGGAGAUCCACUCUGCCAACGAACAGGAGCUGUGGGCACUGCUGAGAGAGGCAGGAGACAGGAGCCGGGUGAACGGGGCCAGAGUGGUGGUUCUGGUGCACGAGGAUGUGAGCGUGGAUGUGAGAGAGCGCCUCCUGGUUUUCAUGGCACAGGGCCAUCCAGGCUUGCAUACGCAGGAGCAGAUAACACAGCAUAUUGCCACAAUAACCAGCGACUUGUCACAUCGGUACCGUCUGGACCAGUGGAUGUUAGACAAGUUCCUGGGCCAAACCCACAAGAAUGUUCAUGUGGUUAUGCUGCUGCCGCAUAGCUGUACUGGCCACGUCCCCUCCAGACUGUGCAGUAGCCAGAUGAGGGCAGCAGUUAGGCGCAGCUGCUGUGUGGAGUUCUAUAAGCCAUGGUCCUACCAGUCUCUGCUGUCCACUGCACACUGCUGCCUCCAGACCAGUGCAUACAUAGGAGGGUCACUGAGCAGUGUAGCAGAAGCUAUGGCCCAGCUCUGCCUGUGUGCCCGUCAGUACGCCUCUUCUCUGCUCAGCUACCAGCCCUUCAGUCCAUCCUCAUACUUGCAGUGUGUGGGCCUCUUCUGUGAGCUGUUCACCCUGCUGCAGAAGAGAGCCCUACACCACACCCACCGAGUGGAAGCAGCCGUGUCCCGUCUGGAGGAGAUGACCAACAUGGCCUUGGAGAGACUGCUCACACAGAGGAAGAAGGUUCAAGCUAUACAAAAGGAGGAGGAGGCGGUGCUCAGGGCCCUCACAGUGCAGGAACAGAGUCUGCAGGAUGCCCAGCGCAGUGCACACGUGGAGGAGGCUCUUCUCACUCAGCUGGAGAAGAACAUCCAACACACCCAGCUGAAGGUGCAAGAGGCUCUGGAUGCUGGUGUGAGGAAGGUGACCAGCCUAGAUCUCGGUGCUCUGGAGGAGGUGCGGGGUUACAGGGACCCCCCUCAGCCUGUGGUAAUGGUGUUGGACGCGGUGUGCCUGCUGUUCAAUCACCCCCCAGGUUGGGACAGUGCUAAGUACCUGCUCAGCCAGAAAGACUUCUUUCAGGAGCUGGAAUACUUUGACCACUGCAGUGUGCCCACACAGCAGCUGCACAAACUGGGUACACUGGUGCGCAGCCCUGCUUUUGACCCAGAGUUGGUGCGCGAGGCCUCUCAGGCUUGCGAGUCGCUCUGCCGCUGGGUGCUGGCCGUGUACCAGUGCUGCAGGCUGCACAAGCACGUGGAGAAGAGCCGACACCUGGAGGGAGAGGCCACAGCUGCCCGAGAGCGCCUCCAUGUGGCCCGGAGACAGAAAGAGGACGCAUGUAGCCAGCUGACAACACUGAACGUGCAACUCCACUCUGUACAAGAGCGGCUCCUCACCCAAACAUCUGAGCUCGAACAGGCCGAGCAGCUUCACAGAAAGGCCACCUGCUCUGCGGACCAACUAGGGACAUAUGUGACUGUGUGGAAGGAGCAGGCAGCUGUGACCCUUGCGGCCCUGCCAGGAGAUGCCCUCCUCACUGCAGCUGCACUCUCAUACCUGGGCCCAUUUGGUUCGCACACUCGCUGUGAGCUGGUGACAAAAUGGAGAGCUCUGUGUGAGACAGGCAGGAUGUGCCCCUUGCGAGAGGACCCCAGGGGGACUAUGUAUUCUCUGAGUGUCAGUGAUGCCUGUGGCCCCUGCUCUCCUCUUCUGCCUGUGUCACCCCUCGCACAGGGGCCCCUGGCUCGAGCCCUGGGUCUGAGCGAGAGACAGCUACAGGGGGAGUCCCUCUCCAGUCUCCUGCUCACCCUGUUUCUCAGCACCUGCACCCACAACUGUCUGCAGCGCUGCUCUCUGCUGGUCGACCCCGACCACCGCUUAGACCCCUGCUCCCCCCACAGCUGGUUCAGAGGAGACUGUAUGAUGGUCAUGAAGACGUUUGACCUGGAGCUUUUUGCUGAUGACCAAGGCCUACUGGAGAAGGUGGAGAAGGCUGCAAUGACAGGGGUCCGAGUCCUGGUGAGGGCCACAGAGCGGGCCCCGUCCUGUCUACAGCUCCUCUCUGUACUGUUUGUCCCACCAAGAGAGACCCACCCCAGCUUCAGUCUGGCCUUCUCCACUGCUCUCCCUGUUCACAGGCUGACCACAGAGCUUCCCAGGCUUCUCCUGUGCAGGCUGCAUGUGGUGGAUCUGUCCCUCAGCACACAGGAGUUGGAGAGAUUCAUGCAAACCCAGCUUCUUGUUCUAGAGGGCAGUCUUCUCCUGAGUCAGCAACAGCAGCUAGAGCAGAACAUGCAUCACCUAACAGAGCAGCUGAGCUCCAGAGAGGCCUCUUUCAUGGAUUACAUAGUGGAGAGUGAGGGCCCCCUGCUGGAGCAGCCUGGUUUCACAGAGGAGGUGCGUGUGUUCCAUGAGGAGACCCAGGAACUGCAGAGGGACCUGCAGCAAGUGGAGGGUGCUCUGAGUGGGUGCUCAAGGUCUUCUCAGCCUCUCUGUGCCCUCAUUGCUGCCAUGUACAGAGCUCUCCAGCAGGUGGCAGUGCUGUCCCCAGCCUACUGCUUCAGUCUAGAGCAGUUUGUGAGUGUAAUGAAGGAGACCCUCUCAUUGAGACCUGGACAGAAGCCUCUCUGCUCUGUGCAUGAAGAAGAGGACCUCUCUCACUGGGUUGUCUCUCAGCUGUUGAUGCACUAUGAGCCUUGUCUGUCCAGGAGCCAUGCACACGUCCUAAAGGUCCUGCUGAGCGUGGCUCUGCUCCACCACAGACAGCUCUGCUCCCAGGCCGAGAGCGAGGCUUUCCUCCAGGGUCUGAAGCCCACUGCCCACCAUCACUCUACCACCGGGACCUACCCAGGGACUUGCCCCAGGAUCUGCCCCAGGACCUGCCCUGAGACCCAGCAGGCUCUGCCACAGUGGAUCCCUGCACAUGUGCUUCCACAGCUGUUGUGCCUGGAGGAGGUUCCUGCCUUUAGGGGCCUCCUGUCGUCCCUCAGCUCUGUUCCAGAGCAGUGGCAGGAGUACCUGAAUGUCCCUUCAUCUGUCACAAGCCAGGUGCCCAUUGAGCCCUACACAGCUGUCACUACUGCAGAGGGCCCUGCUGUGGAGGUCCCUGAAACCUGAGGCGCUUCAUCCUAUAGCUGAGCAGAUAGCUGGGUGUCUUCUCGAUGACGUCUCCUGCUCUGAAGCCCUCCAGGCCCUGUGCAGUCUUUUGCUCUCACACACUGGCCCUGUGGUCCUCACAGGGGCCCCUCACA